AUGGCCGUGUCGGCGCACGAACUUGGCCAUGCCCUUGGACUAUGGCACGAGCAGUCGCGACCGGAUGCCGGCAACUACAUCACCGUCGUUCCGGAGAACAUCAUGAAAGGCCAGCUGCACAACUUUCUCACAAGAAGUCCCGAACAGCUGCUCAACCUUAGCAUUCCAUACGACUUGGGAUCCGUCAUGCACUACGGACCGACGGCAUUUUCGAUUCACUACGAACUCAGAACGAUUGAAACCGUAGAACCCGCGUAUCAGAGGACCAUCGGGCAAAGAGAACAGCCCUCGUUUCUCGACGUGAAAACGAUAAACAGAGCAUAUUGCGAAGGUAUUCGUCCGUUCGAGUGCAUAAACGGUGGCUAUGUUCACCCAAGGCACUGCGAUCGAUGCCUAUGUCCUUCAGGUCUGGCGGGAACAUUUUGCGAAGAAAACGAAAAAUGGCCAUCGCAGCAAUGCGGUGAGGUAAUUCAAGUUAAACCGUUCCCGCAGUAUACCGUAAUCCAGAAUCCUAGUUAUCCGCGUCAGGAUAAAGCUCCGACGAAAUGCAGCUGGCUGUUAGAAGCCGACACCGGUUCUCGUAUCUCCAUGGAAUUCAUUGAAACGUUCGCGUUCCUGUGCGAACCAACGUGUCGCGAUUACGUUGAAGUGAAGAACAACAGCAACCUGGUUCAAACUGGAAUGAGUUUGAACGAUUUUGACGCGGAAUGCGCCUUCAGCAGCUGCUGUGCCCCCUAUAAACCAGACGGAAGUCGAUGCAUCAAGUCCCAUGGAACAGACGAUGACAUUUAUCUUCAGGUAGGCCAAAGCGAAAUGCAGCAGCAGGAGGCGAUCGCACUGGACAUCACUGCCGCAUACUUCAUCAUUUCAUCCAUUCUGACAUGA